CUUCAUUUCGUCAAAUCGCUUCGUCGCAAGGGGUGGAAAUAGAGUAACAAGACAAUCCAACAUUUCCCAUUCUCCCCCCCUGCCAAUCAAUCGCCAACAAACAAUGGCGGAUCAACAUCAGAAGCGGAUAGCCAUAAUCGGAGCAGGAAUCAGCGGCCUCCUGGCCUGCAAAUACGCCCUCUCCAAAGGGUUCCAGCCCACGGUCUUCGAAUCCCAGAAUGGCGUCGGAGGAGUCUGGAGAAAGACCCUGUCAACCACCAAGCUCCAGAAUUCCAAACCCACCUUCCAGUUCUCCGACUUUCCCUGGCCGGACUCCGUCACCGUCGAGUUCCCGACUCACAAUCAAGUCGUCGACUACCUCCGGGCCUACGCCGACCGGUUCCAACUCGCUCAGCACGUCAAAUUCAACGCCAAAGUCGUUGGCAUCAACUACAGGGGAGUGGCCGAGGAGGAGAUGGAAGGCUGGCAUCUAUGGGGAGGAAACGGCGAGGGUUUCGGAUCCAGGGGAGCGAGAUGGGAAGUUGAAGUUGCGGGCGCCGGCGGGUGUUCGCCGGAGAGUGAAGUUUACGAAGCCGAUUUUGUGGUGCUCUGCUUGGGGAAGUUCAGCGACGUGCCGAAUUUUCCACAGUUUAGUUCAGGACAGGGACCUGAAGCGUUUCCGGGGAAGGUGAUUCAUUCCAUGGAGUAUUCCGAUUUGGAAGCAGAGGAGGCUCGGAAUUUAGUCAAAGGAAAGAGAGUGACUGUUGUUGGUUUCCGGAAAACGGCUCUGGAUAUAGCAAUGGAAUGCUCUGAAGCGAAUGGGAAGGAAAAUCCGUGCAGGGUAAUGUACAGAACAGAGAGAUGGAGCUUCCCCGAUUGGUUCCCGCCAUUGCCAUACCUAUGUUUCACUCGAUUCGCAGAGCUCUUGAUUCACAAACCUGGAGAAGGUGUCUUUCUCAGUCUUCUCGCCACACUUCUUUCCCCAAUUAGAUGGGCAGUCUCCAGAUUGGUGGAAAGUGUGGUCAAGAGCAAGCAUCCAUUGGCCAAACACGGGAUGAUUCCAAAGCAGAGCUUUCUCCAGGAUUUUAGCACGUGUCUUCUGGCGAAACUUCCUGAGAAGUUCUACGACAGGGUCGAAGAAGGAAGCAUCGUGUUGACGAAAGCUCGGAACUUUACUUUCUGUAAACAAGGGAUCAAAGCCGAAGACGAUCAGCCGCCAUUGGAGACCGAUUUGGUGAUACUGGCAACAGGUUUCAAAGGCGGAAAGAAGGUGAAAGACAUAUUUGGAUCGAAAUUCUUCCGGCGAAGUGAAACCGGCGGCUUGCCCCUCUACAGACAAUGCAUUCAUCCGCGGAUCCCACAGCUAGCCGUAUUGGGAUAUUCGGAGAGCUUGUCGAACUUGUUUACGUCGGAGAUGAGGAGCCGGUGGCUGAUGGAGCUUCUCGACGGGAAGUUUAAGCUGCCGGCGAUCAAGGAGAUGGAAGACGACGCGGCGAAGUGGGAUGGAUAUUUCAAGUGUUACGGCGACGAGUACAGCGACAGGGCCUCCAUUAGCGCCAUUCAUAUUUGGCACAACGACCAGUUGUGCAAGGACAUGGGCUGGAAGCCCAGGAGAAAACAUGGGCUUUGGGCCGAGCUGUUCGAGCCUUACGGCCCAACGGACUACGUCUGCCCUUGAUUAGGACAUUUUAUGUGUAAAUUAUCUAUUUUCGUUCACUUUUUCCUUCUAAAAUUACAAAUCUGUGCUAUUCUCUAAA